CGUCCUUCUACCUGCCCAAGGGGACCUUCAAGCACCUGCACAUCCUCUCACACACCCGCGCCAGCGAGGUCAUUGACGCGCUCCUUCACAAGUUCACCGUCAUCGACAACCCCCGCAAGUUCGCCCUCUUCGAGAGGUCUGAGAAGGAUGAUCAAGUGUACCUGCGGAAGCUGGCCGACGAGGAGCAGCCCUUGCGGCUGCGGCUGCUGGCCG